AUUCUAGUUUACCAUCUAAGUUAUAUCAAUUUCGCGAAAAGUAUAUAUAUAUUUGCAAACUUUCAAUAUGUCAUAUCAGUUUUACGCUUUUUUGUUCAUUAAAUGAAUUAAUAUUCGUAAAAUCUAAUAUUUUAGUGAAGUAAAAUAUUUAUAAAUUAUGAUUUUAAAUCAUAAACGCAACUUAAAUAAAAUAAGUUACAAAAUAAAAUAUAUUAUUUUAUUGAGUAUGCAUGGUUUCAUUUAGUUUAUUGGUGGUAAAAUGUCCACGUCAGAAUCUGGUGUGGGAUGUAUUAGUGAAGUAACACUUGCAAUUAGUAAAGCAAGAAGUUCUCAAUCAGGCAAUGUAAGAGUAUUGGAUAGUCCGGACUCUGAUGGAUCUGUCCAUUCAAAUUCAUUUACCGUACAGAGGUUUAAUUAUCCUGAUAAUGACAAUGCAAAUUCAGAUAUUUUACAUCCUCCAUUAACUAGUGAUGAUGUAAGAAUACCAAUUGUUGGAUAUGAAGUUAUGGAAGAAAGAGCAAGGUUUACGGUUUAUAAAUUACGGGUGGAAUUAAAAAAUGGAGACUGUUGGUUUGUAUUUAGAAGAUACACAGACUUUGUUCGUUUAUUGUCACAGUUAAGAAGGCAAAAGAUUCCAAUUUCACAAUUAAGUUUACCAAGAAAAAAAUGGCUUGGGGAUAACUUUGCCCCAAGUUUUCUAGAAGAAAGAAUACGGGGUCUUCAAGCAUUUGUUAAUGGAAUAUUAAGUAGUCCUCUUCUUAUAGGAACUGCAUGUGUCAGAGAAUUUUUUUGUUUAGAUGAACCACCUGCUUUAUCUGACACAGCAGAAGAAUCUAGAGCAAUUUUUGAAGCAUUAGAAGAUACUAUAUAUCACUUAAGACAGCAAUUAAGAGAAAGAGAUGCUGCACUUGCAGCUGAAACAGCUCUAUGUAAUGAAUUUCGAAAAAAGUUACAUCAAAUAUUAAGUGAAAGACAAACUUGUCCAAAAUGUGGAGUAUCUCAGCAAUAAUUUCUGAUGAAUUAGAUAUUUACAAAUUGACAUUGAUAAAGACUGGUAUAAAUGAGCAACUAUAGUUUUACUAUCUUUGUUUGAAUUACUGCAUACACUCAAUAUAAAUAAUUGUUAUUUUUUGUUCUAUUGAUUAAAAUAACUCAAUUUUUAUAUGAA